GUUUUGACGUUCAGUUAAACGUAUAUUUUUUAUUAAUUUUUUAAAUGUUGGAAAUAAAGCGGCAUUUUACGAAAUGAGGUUAGUUUGCAUCAUACACAUGUGCGCGCGAACGAAUCUAGUAGGAAGUCGCGAAAAAUGUCAAAUCGUGUGGCUCCAUCUUUAAGAGGAAAAAUUACCAAAAAUUAUUCCGCAAAUAAAUUUUGAGGAAAAGUAGUCCAAAAUAAUUGCUUAACAUUUUCUUAAUAAGAUUAGGUUUGCGAAAUUCAUUGUUUGAUCGACAAGAAAUUCAAAAAAUCCACCAAAACCGGAAGCCAAGUCUACACAUGCAAGUGACUCUUUAGGCCGCACGUGUGUUUAUCGGCGCUUGUGCAUGAAUUACGAAGAUUGCAGCAGCGUUUGAAAAAUUCGUCAAAAAUGUCGGAUUUAUUUAGCAACGCGUCGAAUUACGACAACGAGCAUAAGCCAUCUGCUGGAAACAGCGAAUUGGAAGAAUUUAUCAUGGUUGAGAAGCAGAAGGCUCAAUUCAAUGCUCAGAUUCAUGAAUUUAGCGAUCUGUGUUGGGACAAGUGCAUCGACAAGCCUGGCAGCAAACUGGAUGGAAGGACAGAGACAUGCCUUGUUAACUGUGUCAAUAGAUUUAUCGAUGUUUCCCUAUUGAUCACCAAUCGAUUUACUCAGAUGCUGCAGAAGGGUUUGUAAGGAAAGUAGUGCAUAUUUACUGCAUUUACUGUUGUUACGAAGAUACUAGUCGGGUUGAAGUCUAUGGCGAUGUGUUAACUUGGCUUAUCGUCAUUCUUCUAGUUAUCUCAAAUAAUAAGAGAAAAGCUACUUUCUUUUGCAUACAUUACAUUAUUUUGUAUAAAAUACAAAGUUUGUGGAUAACUGAAACUGGAUCAGAUGUUACAUAAAGAAUAAGGGAAGAAUGUGAGAAUGAUGUGUUAAUAAUAAACUUAUUGUUACAAUUGUAAUGUAUGAAAACAUGACUCUUAAUUUGUUUAGUGUUUGAUUAGAGUAAAUUUUCAUAGUAACUUGGUGCUCUUAAAA